AUGAAGUUCACGUCGUCAACUUACAAUGUCGGAUAUCCUGUUUAUGGGUCGAAGUUCCUCAAUAACACUAUGCUGCUGGUGGCCGGAGGUGGCGGUGAAGGGAACAAUGGUAUUCCCAACAAGUUGACGGUGUUGAGGGUUGAUUUCGAGAAGAAGAAGGUUGUCAAGAGGUUUAGGGAGAUUACUUUGGACCCUAAUGACGAUUCGCCAACGACGCUCGAUGCUGCGAACGACCUUAUUCUGAUGGGAUGUAAUGAAAAUAGUGAAAAGAUCAAGAGCGGCGGAGGCAACCGAAAUCUACGUAAGUUUGUCUAUGAGAACGAGCAUUUGAGGUUUGUGGCCAGUGUUGACUUUGACGGGUCCGUUUCGCCGGAAGAUUACACUAAGCUGCUCUAUAUGUCGCGAGAUGGCAGCGUAGGAGCCAUUGCGUCUUCCAAGGUGCCAACCGUGAUCAGAAUUAUUGAUCCCAGAAGCCUCGAGGAAAAAUAUGAGAUCGAAACAGGUCACGAUGUUAAGGACAUGCACUUCGCACCGGACGGUAAGGUGAUCGGUUAUAUUACGGCAUCUACUUUAGAGAUCAUUUCUAUCGUUACCGGCAGGUUCAUCAUCAGAAAGAGUGAUUUUGAUAAGAACUACAUUCUGUCAAAGGUGAGAUUUCUCACAGACGAUGUUGUCCUGAUCGCGGCUUCCCUGCAGAAGGGCACAGGUGUCGUUUUGAUCAAAAUCAGCUUGAAGAGCGGCAGCGCAACCGUGCUGAAGACCAAGCUUAUAACCAACAAAUUCAAAGGAUUCACUUCGAUGGAUGUCGAUGCUAAUAAUCAGCUCGCCGUGAUUGCCGGAAAUGAUAACUCGAUCGCUUUGGUCAAGCUGAAGGAUUUCUCCUUGGGCAGAAUCUUCAAGCAGGUCCACGGAUUCGCAAUUACUAGAGUUGCCUUUUCGCCUGAUUCGAAGUUAAUCGCCAGUGUGUCUGCGGCCAAUACCGUUAAUGUGAUUAGAGUUCCUGAAGGUUUUGCUUUAUCCACUUCACUGAGCAGCAAGAUAUGGAGAUUCUUCGUUAAUUUCAUCCUAAUUAUUGUUAUCGCAUCCCUGGCACAAUUCUCGUACAGAUAUAACCUGCACGAGAGAUCUUAUAAGUUCCUCAAGCAUCAAUAUCUCGCCAGGCGUAACGGCUCGAGUGGUGGAAUAGACAUCUUGAAACAAACCACGUUAGUAGGAGAUAUUGUUAGUCAGAUGACGACUACCCAGGCAUUCGAUACAACAGAGAAAUUUGUUGAAACUUCUGCUUUCAACAGCCAUACUGUGGGUGACUACAUGGCUCAUGGCACCGAUGACGAUGUAUGGUUGAGCGAAUCUUGGGUUACCAGUACAUCUUUGCCCCAUCGCAGUAGCGAAAACAUGCAAGCUGGCUACGCGGGAAGCUCUUCUGUCAUCACAAUGGUGUCAGGCUCGGUGAGCAAUGAACCUGAACAGGUUUCAGAUCUGUCAGCCACAGCAAGCAAAGUAACCGAUAGAGACUCCUAUUCUUCAUUAAUCCACUUUGGGGACCAGCGCUCUGAAAAGAAUACUAACCUAGAUAACGCCAAAAUUUCCUCGCAGAGUUACAGUGCUCAGAAAACAGAUGUCAUUUCUGCUGCUUAUCAAUUUCGUCCUGACACUGCAGUUGCUAUGUCCAUUCAUACCUCAAGUACAUGGGCAAGCGAGGGAGGACAAAAGCCCACAAAGACUUCGAUUACUUCGUUGAGUGUCAAAACUGCUGAACGGGCUGAAAUUCAUACGAGAAGCACAUCGUCGGAGAGUUUAGUCGAGAGGCAAAAUGAAAGCAAUGAAAAAUCUCAAAGGCCAAUUCAAGCUUCUUCUUCGGUUGCGGAAGCUCCGCUUGACAUUAAUCAAGCGGCAAUCAAUGAUAGAAGCUCGAAGAGCACAUCAGGCGCCAUUAUCGAAACUAAUUUGGCUCAAAGCGUCAAAGAAGUAGAAACAAAAACCUCACAAGCGCAGUCGAGUACACACUUGCGUAGUGCAACUACGAACUCGGUAACUAAGGCUGUAUCGAAGUCUUCAGGUGUUUUAACGACCCAAUCUGCCUCAAAAGCAACUUCUAAAGAAUCAUCUUCAGGCACUGAAGAGCAAAGUAGUAGAACAAAAGCGGAUAUGACAUCCACUGAAUCUGAGGGCCCUGGUCAUGCAGCUGUAACAACCGAAGACGAGUUUAGACUAGAGAUCUUGGAUCCAUCAGGCGCCGAAAUCGAUUACGAUUUAUUUGAAGAGAAAACCCCAGAACCAAAUGAGCUUUUGAGCGCUGAGCGAGAUAUGACAACGCCUACGGGAUCAAUUGCCUCUAUGCAGGACAGCACAAGGAGCAGUGUGGCAAUUCCUGUAGGGGAAGAAUCUUUAGAGACUGGCAAGGACAAUGAGCAUUCGGCAGUUGAGCCUACUCAAGAGAAGGCCAAAUUGGCCGGUGAUGAUGCCAUGACCAACAGUCACAGUGAAGAGGUGAAAUUUCACGUCGAAAUUACGACGAAACCCUCUUCUUCAAGCCCAGACCUACCAGUCAGUUCCAAUGAAGUCGUAGCCACAGGUAUAAGUGGAGCUCCCAAAUCUCCAAUCCCCGCGGCCGUUCAGGCUUCUAGUAAUGAAGUCCAGGCUUCAAAGGAGAGCCUAAAAGGCACCACGGCAUGGAAGCACAUGAAAGCGACAGAUAUUUCGCGAAAGAUUACUGCAGCAUCAGAGUUACCUCUAGAAAUUGCCAAUGAAUCUACCAAGAGCACAAGUGCAAGGUCAUUCGCGAAAGCUGAGAGUGAAUCGGCGAAGCAUGCAGAGAUAUCCUUCAAAAAUGAAAUGAAGCCUUCUGAAACAGUAACUAGCAUUCAGGCAAAUACCAUCUCUGCUCACAGUGAAACGGAGGUUACAGAGCAAACAUCUAUUGGUUCUACGGCUGACGAAUCGUCAAUCUCAUCGGCAGCCCAGGACACUGUGAUUUACGACGAGCUUUGA